UUUUCCUCCUUCGGGACCUUCUGGAUUUCUCUAAUGGCUUCUGAUCAUUUCACCGACAAAACCACCGUUUUCAGGAAGCUCAAAGCCAAAUCGGAGAAUAAGAUGUGUUUUGAUUGUAACGCCAAGAAUCCAACAUGGGCGUCGGUAACCUACGGGGUCUUCUUGUGUCUAGAUUGUUCCGCCACGCAUCGUAGUCUCGGUGUUCAUAUCAGUUUCGUUAGGUCAACCAAUUUAGAUUCAUGGUCUCCAGAACAACUAAAAAUGAUGUGGUUGGGGGGAAAUAAUCGUGCUCAGGUCUUCUUCAAGCAGCACGGGUGGAAUGAUGGAGGGAGAAUUGAUGCCAAGUACACCUCAAGGGCAGCUCAGUUAUAUAAACACUUACUUGCAAAAGAAGUUGCAAGACUUUCUGCAGAAGCUAGCUUGCCAUUGUCACCUGCUUCUCCUAAGUCAGCAGAAGCUGCCAUCGGAUCUCCUAACGUCACUCUCAGUGAAACCCCCAAAGAGAGCUCAUCAGCAAAGCAUGACACCAAUGUCUCUGCUCCAGUGAGAGCUCCUCCUAAAAUUCUUACAAGCUCUAUCAAGAAACCUGUUGGUGCUAAAAAAACUGGGAAGACUGGGGGGCUUGGUGCAAGAAAGCUUAGUACCAAGACAAAUGAAAGCUUGUACGACCAGAAGCCCGAAGAACCAGUUGCACAAGUGUCCACCUCAGCAAGUAGUACACCGUCGACCGCAACAACACCUUAUAGCUCCCGUUUUGAGUAUGUAGAUAAUUUCCAUGAUGCAGAGACAGGUCCUCGAGGCAUGAAUUCAAUCAGUCAUGCUGUGCCACCUAAGUCAUCCAGUUUCUUUGCAGAUUAUGGAAUGGACAGUGGUUUUAUGAGAAAAAGUAGCUCAAUGAAAGUACAGGCUCCAGAAACUGAUGAAGCAAGGAAGAAGUUCUCUAAUGCUAAAUCUAUUUCCUCGGUACAAUUUUUUGGUGAUCAGAACAGAGUUAAUAUAGAUAGUGAAGUCGCCUUGCAAAAGUUUUCGGGAUCAGCAGCCAUCUCAAGUGCUGAUCUCUUUGGUCGUGAGUCGCCUAAUUCUAAUAUCGAUCUCAGUGCCAGUGACCUUAUCAACCGGCUAUCUUUCCAGGCACAACAGGAUAUAUCAUCGUUAAAGAACAUUGCAGGAGAAACGGGAAAGAAACUGACUACCCUUGCAUCGUCUCUAAUGAACGACCUUCAAGAUAGGAUCCUGUGAUGCAUUUUGUAUAUGCGUAGGAAUAGAGAGAGGUGGUUACGCGCAAAUAAGGUCUUGAAAUUCUUGAGUCUUUUGAUGUUUUUGGGUUGGUAUGCAUUUUAUGUUUGAUUGAUAUUACUAUUAGUGAUGAUGAUCCCC